AUGUAUGAGAAUAACUCAUUAACAACAAAUAUUGAAUCAUGGUUUAUUCCUUUCGAUAUUCUUAAUAUUCUAUGUCUUUUUUUGGUUAUUAUAUUUGCUUCAAUAUUUUUACUUAUUAUCAUAUGUGAUAAAACAUGUCAUACAGUACCAAUGAUACUUGUUGCUAAUUCAUGUUUAGCUGAACUUCUAAUUACAAUUGUUUUGUUUUGGAUGGCUGUAUUUGCAUUACAAAAUGAUCUUAAACGACAACAAUAUGAAGAUUUGUUUUGUAUCUUUCGAGGUUAUAUGAUUUAUGUUACUUGUUUUACACAAAAUUAUUCUUAUUUUCUCCAAGCAAUUUAUCGAUAUCUAACAAUUGUUUAUCCAUCUCGUUUAUUUUGGCAAUCAAAACGGGUUCAAAUUUUUUUCAUUAGUUUAAGUUGGAUCAUCGGUUUUAUAUGUGCUCUUCCACAUGUAUUCACUGGUGAAAUCAAAUAUCUUGUUGAUGAUCAACUAUGUCAAAUGCCUCUUCAUCUUUCUAUUGUCACAGUUUAUAAUGUUAUUUUGCUCUAUUUAAUUCCUAUGAAUGGCAUAAUAUUUAUUUAUUUUAAAUUAGUUCGAUAUGUUAAAGAAAUGGGUAAACGUGUAACAUCUGCAAAUAUUUUAUUUCGUGUACAGAGGGAAUUAAAAAUGGUACGUAAAAUAGUUAUACUUGUAUCAAUUUUAGUAGCAUUUGGUUUACCUUAUACAACCUUCGUAUUUAUUGGUUUCUUUACUCAACCACCAAAAUAUCAUUUUCGUAUUGCUUAUACAUUUAUUAGUGUAUCAUUGAUAUUUAUUAUGAUUGCUGUAUUUCAUAGUACAGAUCCAUUGAAAGCAUUUGCAAGGAAAAAAAUAAUCAAAAGAUCAACAAUGACAGUACAAACAGUGCAACAAAAUACUUAA